CGAAAGCACACUCCGAUCAGAGACCGGUGUAGACAAGUGGAAUUGCCACCAAGACGUACAAAAUCUGGAUUUUUAAGUAGCUACACUUAUUUUACCAGUUCAAGAAAAACAACUAUUACUCCUUAAAUUCGCUGGCGAUUAGCAGCGCUUCUGAUUUAAACGACGACAUGUGUUAAGAAAACGUGGUUUGUUUUUAUUAUUAUUUUGAACCACUGUCUAUGCAAUAUUAAGUAGAUAUAGAACGUUGGUAAGACGAGUAAUACAGGCUAGCUGUUCGGAGCGAUUCGUCACUGGGUCCUGUAGCACCAGUAGGAAAGGCUUGACAGAAACGCCACGUCCUAGAGAUGAUUUCGCAAAGACCGGUUUUUUGAUAAAUCAAGUGAACUGACAGCACGGAAAUACAUUGUAGCUGAAAGAAAGAGGAGGAGUGAACAGGUCAAGAGGCCAGGAAGUAAAAGUAGCGCCAAACACACUGUGACCAUGUCUUCCAGGGAGCGGCGUUCCGAUCUGCACAUCAAGGCGGAGCCCAGCAGCCCGGAGGGCGGUGGAGGGGGCCGGGCCAGUCCCGGGGGCGCCUCCUCGGACUCCUCCCAAAGUGGCGGAGGGGGCAACAGAGGAGAGGGCACCGGCCGUUACUCCCCUCCCCUCAACACCCCGCCCCUGCGGUGCCACUUCAAGGAGGAGGGCGGGGACGGGGCGGACGAAGGCUCGACCGGGAGCGGCGGGAGGUGCAAGUACGCCCUGAGCACGCUGCCCAAACGGCUCUGCCUGGUGUGCGGGGACGUGGCGUCAGGCUACCACUACGGCGUAGCCUCCUGCGAAGCCUGCAAGGCCUUCUUCAAGAGGACCAUCCAGGGUAACAUCGAGUACAGCUGCCCGGCGUCCAACGAGUGCGAGAUCACCAAGAGACGCAGGAAGGCUUGUCAGGCCUGCCGCUUCACCAAGUGCCUCAAAGUGGGCAUGCUCAAAGAGGGUGUGCGUCUAGACCGGGUCAGAGGUGGCAGACAGAAGUAUAAAAGACGUCCAGAGGUGGAGAGUGCAACGUACCAGCCCCCCCCACUCCCUCUGAGGAAAGAGGGGGAGAGAGGCUCCUCAAACAUCAUAGUGUCGCACCUCCUGGUGGCUGAGCCGGAGAAGCUCUUUGCCAUGCCAGACCCCCUGCAGCCCGACACUGCCCUCCGUACGCUCACCACGCUCUGCGACCUGGCCGACCGCGAGCUCGUCGUCAUCAUCGGCUGGGCCAAGCACAUCCCCGGCUUCCUGUCCCUGUCCCUGGCGGAUCAGAUGUCCGUGCUGCAGUCGGUGUGGCUGGAGGUGCUGGUGCUGGGGGUGGCCUUCCGCUCCCUGGGCUGCGAGGACGAGGUGGUGUUCGCCGAGGACUUCGUCCUGGACGAGGAGAUGUCCCGCCUGGCAGGCCUCACCGAGCUGAACGCCGCCAUCAGCCAGCUGGCCCGUCGGUACCGGGCCCUGCAGCUGGACCGCGAGGAGUUCGUCAUGCUCAAGGCCAUCGCUCUCACCAACUCAGACUCGGUGUACAUCGAGGACAUGGAGGCGGUCCAGAAGCUGCGAGACCUUCUGCACCAGGCCCUGCUGGAGCUGGAGGCCCAGCGCAGGCCUGAGGACCCCCGGCGGGCCGGCCGCCUCCUGCUCACCCUCCCCCUCCUCAGGCAGACCGCCGGCCGCGCCCUCACCACCUUCUACAGCAUCAAGACCCGCGGAGGCGUCCCCAUGCACAAGCUCUUCCUGGAGAUGCUGGAGGCCAUGAUGGACUCGCCGUAAGGGGGGGAGGAGAAG